AUGUGGAGACGGGUUGCCUCCCACCAGCAACGUUCACCAGGCAAAGUGCUGUUUGACCUUGUUUGUGCCCAUCUCAACCUGGUGGAGGGAGACUAUUUUGGACUGGAGUACCAGGACCAGCGGAAGAUGACAGUGUGGCUGGAUCUUUUGAAGCCGACACUGAAGCAGAUCAGACGGCCUAAAAACACCAUCCUUCGUUUUGUGGUGAAGUUCUUCCCUCCUGACCACACGCAGCUCUUGGAGGAACUGACUCGGUAUCUGUUUGCUCUGCAGAUUAAACGCGACCUGGCCUGCGGUCGACUCACCUGCAACGACACCAGCGCUGCUCUCAUGGUUUCCCACAUUAUUCAGUCUGAGAUCGGAGACUUCGAUGAGACCCAGAGCUGGCAGCACCUCCUUCACAAUAAGUACUUGCCCGACCAGGACGCCAUUAGAGACGAGAUCAUGGACUGCCACCGCGAGCAUGUCGGGCAGACUCCAGCAGAGUCAGACUAUCAGCUCCUUGAAAUCGCACGCCGGUUGGAGAUGUACGGUGUUCGCUUACACCCAGCGAAGGACCGAGAGGGUACUAAACUCAGCCUGGCUGUGGCACACAGUGGGGUGCUUGUUUUCCAGGGGCACACAAAAAUUAACUCAUUCAACUGGUCUAAGAUCCGUAAGCUCAGCUUCAAACGUAAAAGGUUCCUAAUCAAGCUGAGAGCCGACCCCACUCAGAAUGCCCACCAUGACACACUGGAGUUUGCCAUGGGCAGCAGGGAUUGCUGUAAGGUUUUCUGGAAGAUCUGCGUCGAGUAUCACGCCUUCUUUAGGCUCUUUGAGGAGCCCAAACCCAAACCCAAGCCCAUCCUCUUCACCCGGGGAUCCUCAUUCCGGUUCAGUGGUCGAACCCAGAAGCAAAUCAUUGAUUAUGUUAAAGACUCCGAGCCCAAGAAAGUUCCGUUUGAAAGGAAGCACAGUAAGAUCCUGUCUAACAGCAGCAUGUCCCCUCAGUCUGCCUCAAUAAGAUCGCACGUGCCAAAAGAGAGUGCCAUGUCGAUCCCAUUAGCAGACCAGCCUGACACAGACAAAUUGAGCCAUCUGGCUGUACCCAAUGGUUCAGAGGAGCCACUGGUGGUCACACCCCCCACCAACGGUCUCCAUAGCCUAAUGGCAGCACCCAGCUCAGACCCGACUCAGCCCCGACAGAACCACCACGUCGCGGGAUCAGCACCAGACCAGCAGCUUCUCAACCCAGGAAGCCCUGGUUUAGAGAACUCCCCGCUGGGAGGUCCCCGUGUGGCACUUAAUGGGAACGGCACAGUAAAUGGGCAGGGGAUGGGAAGCACCGGGGUCCUGGGUGCCGAGCAGAGUCCUGAAGUCCAGCCGCUAUCCCCACUUACCAGCCCUCUGCUCACUGAAGCGGGAUAUGUACGCAAUGAUGAUGAAGAGGAGGCAAGGAGGAAGAAGUAUCCCACAGACAAGGCUUACUUCAUAGCUAAGGAACUAUUGACCACAGAGCGGACCUACCUCAAAGACCUGCAGGUUAUCACAGAGUCCUUCCAGAGUGCCGUAGGGAAAGAUGAGGCGUUCCCAGACUCAGUCAGGAACCUGAUCUCUGCCAACUACGAUCCGGUCUACAAGUUUCAUCAGGGAUUCCUCAAAGAGACAGAGCAGCGGCUGGCGCAGUGGGAGGGCCGUUCUAACGCCCACAUUAAAGGAGACUAUCAGCGAAUUGGUGAUGUUUUACUGAAGAAUAUCCAGGGUCUCAGGCAGUUGACGAUUCAUCUCCAGAAGCAUUCAGAGUGCCUCGUGGAACUGGAACGGGCCUGUAGGUCCAGUCGGAAGGUGGAGACUCUGUGUCGAGACUUCGAGCAGCAGAGGGUUUGCUACCUGCCCCUCAACAUCUUCCUCCUCAGACCUCUCCACCGCUUGCUGCACUAUAAACUCAUCCUGGAGAGGCUCUGCAAGCACUAUCCACCCACCCAUGAAGACUUCAGGGACUGCAGAGCGGCCCUGGCAGACAUCUCAGAGAUGGUGCUGCAGCUUCAGGGAAUCAUGAUGAAGAUGGAGAAUAUCCAGAAGCUUCUAGAGCUGAAGAAAGAUCUGACUGGCAUCGAAGACCUCAUCGGCCCCGGGAGGGAGUUCAUCAGGCUCGGUUGCCUCAGCAAGCUCUCUGGAAAAGGCCUUCAGCAGAGAAUGUUCUUCCUGUUUAGUGAUUGCUUGGUCUACACCAGUCGAGGCAUGACCCCAUCCAACCAGUUUAAGGUUCAUGGCCAGCUGCCUCUCUAUAGCAUGACGAUCAGAGAAAGCGAGGAGGAGUGGGGAGUCCCUCAUUCAUUCACCUUGUUUGGGCAGCGGCAGUCUGUGGUGGUGGCAGCCAGCUGUGCGUCAGAGAUGGAGCGCUGGGUGGAGGACAUCAGGAUGGCCAUCGACCUGGCAGAGCAGAGUAGCAGCUUAAACACUGACCUGCUCUCCACCAGCCUCGCUGACAACAGGCUCUCAGAGGACGGUGGAGCCGAGCAGGAGUCGGAGGACGAGCUCGGUGGUUCGCGCUCGUCCCUGGAGCGUCAGGGUCACCGUGGUAACACCACCGUGCACGUCUGCUGGCAUCGCAACACCAGCGUGUCCAUGGUGGACUUUAGCAUAGCUGUGGAGAACCAGCUCUCAGGUAACCUGCUUAGGAAGUUUAAGAAUAGCAAUGGCUGGCAGAAACUCUGGGUGGUUUUCACCAACUUCAGCCUCUUUUUCUACAAGUCACACCAGGAUGACUACCCUCUGGCAAGCCUCCCUCUGCUGGGCUACUCUGUCACCAUCCCGUCAGAGUCAGAAAACAUCCACAAGGAUUACGUCUUCAAACUCCACUUUAAGUCCCACGUCUACUACUUCAGAUCAGAGAGCGAGUACACCUUUGAAAGGUGGAUGGAGGUGAUCCGGAGCGCCACCUGCUCUGCCAGCCGUUCACUGCCGAGCACCAGGAAAGACCUUUACUGAUGACUCCCUCC